CGGCGGCUGCGGUCCUUGCCGGCCGCUGCUCCCGAGCCGUAGCGGUCUCAGGUGUACGUCAGCUCGGCUCAGUGCCAUGAUCCGGCAGGAGCUCUCCACAUCCUACCAGGAGCUGAGUGAGGAGUUGGAUCAGGUGGUUGAGAACUCAGAGCGGACGGACGAGCAGGAAAAGGAGACAGACGGAGUCCAAGGUCCAGGAGUUUUACCAGCCCUGGACAGCGAGUCCGCCUCCAGCAGCAUCCGCUUCAGCAAGGCCUGCCUGAAGAACGUCUUCUCCGUCCUGCUCAUCCUCAUCUACCUGCUGCUCAUGGCCGUGGCCGUCUUCCUGGUCUACCAGACCAUCACAGACUUCCGAGAGAAGCUCAAGCACCCCGUCAUGUCGGUGUCUUACAAGGAGGUGGAUCGCUAUGACGCCCCAGGGAUUGCUCUGUACCCGGGUCAGGCCCAGCUGCUCAGCUGCAAGCACUAUUACGAGGUCAUUCCGCCUCUGAGGAGCCCCGGCCAGCCGGGUGACAUGGACUGCACCACCCAGAGGAUCAACUACACGGACCCUUUCUCCAACCAGACCCUGAAAUCCGCCCUGAUUGUGCAGGGGCCCCGCGAGGUGAAGAAGCGCGAGCUGGUCUUCCUCCAGUUCCGCCUGAACGAGAGCAGCGAGGACUUCAGCGCCAUCGAUUACCUCCUCUUCUCGUCCUUCCAGGAGUUCCUGCGCAGCCCAGACAGGGUGGGCUUCAUGCAGGCCUGUGAGAGCGCCUAUUCCAGCUGGAAGUUUUCCGGGGGCUUCCGCACAUGGGUCAAGAUGUCCCUGGUGAAGACGAAGGAAGAGGACGGGCGGGAGGCGGUGGAGUUCCGGCAGGAGACCAGCGUGGUCAACUACAUUGACCAGAGGCCAGCCGCCGAAAGGAGCGCUCAGUUGUUUUUUGUGGUCUUUGAAUGGAAAGAUCCUUUCAUCCAGAAAGUCCAAGACAUAAUCACCGCCAAUCCUUGGAACACAAUCGCCCUUCUCUGUGGGGCCUUCCUGGCGUUGUUUAAAGCGGCAGAGUUUGCCAAACUGAGUGUGAAGUGGAUGAUCAAAAUUAGGAAGAGAUACCUUAAAAAAAGAGGUCAGGCAGCAAACCACAUAAGCUGAGGUGGCCUCGUGGUGUUGGUAGAACUGCCCCCGGCGAUGGAAGUUCUCGUCAUUUCUGUUUUGGUAAACGGAGCGGCCAGCGGCCCUGUGCUCACCUGCCACGGCCUCGCUGGGAGGACCAGCCUGCCGGACCGCAGCUUCUAAUCUGGCCCCGAAAGAGGAUGUUUAGAGCCUAAUGGAACAGAUCCGGUGGAUAACCUACAACCUAUUUAAAUACUUAAAUUAUUAAUGAACAUUUUUGGACAUAUGAAUAGGGAUUGUGGAAGAUGGAAUUAGCUAUGUCUCAGGUUUUCUGAAGGUUUGUGAAGCUGCCUUUCUUCCUUGGUUUGGUGUAUAGUUAAGCUCUAACGGGAUGAUCCAGGCUCUACAUUUCACCUUAGUCCCCCCCCACCCCCGAGGUUUUUAUAAAGUGGACAGAAGAGUGAUUUUUUUCCCCCAAAUCCUGAGGCUGCAGAUGUGCAGGUUCUGCGUUGAGCCCUCUGCACCCCGUACCCAAGGGCAGAAUCCGUUGUCUCCAGCCUCACCCGCCAGUUCCAUCAUCCAGCCUCUGACACGCGCUCUCAUUUGUUAAAUUUUAAAUGGGACUUUUGUAAAGCUUCUAGAAAGUAGUGCUAAGAUAUCUUGAGGAUUGACUAGCCACCUACGUGUCUGGCUCCGGUAUCUGUUGAUGCGGGUAUGAGCGCGCAGUGAUUAACAUGCAGAAGCCCUGGGACAUGUGUACAGAGGAGGUGCCUACUCAGUGUAUUUUGAUGAUUUUAUUAACAGGUAAAUAAAAGUUAGGUUAAUGCAAAAGGA